AUGAGAGGCCCAGUCGUGUCCACCGUUGGCUUUGACACCGCCUUUGCAACGCUUGCCGCCACCGUUCUAAUGAGUCAUGGACUUUUCACGCGCAACAGGGAUGAUGACGAGGUGUACCUGGUUGGCAAGAAGGACGUGGCUGCUGCGGAAGCGAAAGCGGUGCUGGAUAUGCGACGCAUGUUGAAACAGCAAGAGUACGCAUGGAAAUUCAAUGCUCAUAUCAUCACAGUGGCACAGCUGCGAGAAGCAUGCGAUACGAGUAACGCACCAAAAAACGAGACGGGCGCGCCCGUUCAGUUGCGGAAGGCUGACGUCUCUCUAGACUCUAGACGUCGAGUGUUGCACUACUGGCACUGUUGGACGGACAGGCGGCCUGAACAGCUGUUCCAAUGGUCACGCGGAAAAAUGGAGGAAAGGGGAACGGAUAUGAAACGACGCGCGAAAUUCAACUUCCACGACGAGCAUGACAUCGUCCUUGUUCUUGAGAAACGGCGAGACCCAAUCCCCCAAAAAGAGAGCCAGCUCAGAAAGAGGGAGCCGAGCACCGUUCACGAGAACUGGCGGGAUCGAAACACCGCCAGCACGAGUACAAAAAGCGCGUAG